AUGGACCCUGCCGCCGUCUUCCACCAGUCGCUGGGCUCGGUCCUCCCGCCCCAGCACUUCUUCGCCGGGAGACCUCCACUGCCGGGGCCGUAUCCAUGGGACAGUCCUGAGCAGGACGCACAUGAUGCACCCCACCGCGUUGCGCAUACCCUCACGGCAUGCUGCAGAUGCCGUCAAAGGAAAACAAGAUGCGACCCCGCCUUACCACGAUGCCUUCCUUGCGAACGAUCCGGCGCGACGUGCGAGUACUACGACAGCACCAAGGGGAAGCGGAUCAGUCGUUCCUACGUCGUCAGUCUCCAAAAGAAGGUGCGCCAGCUCGAGGCUGAGCUCGCCCAGUUCACGGACCAAGAUGGGGAUGCUUCCCACGAACACGACGACAUGGUGUUUCCCGGCGGCAUUGUUCGACUCGACGAAACCGAUGAGAUCCCACGCUACCUUGGGCCCAGCAGUGGCACCGCUAUGACCCGUCUUUUGAUGGAAGAGGCAAAGAGAUAUGCGGAGUCACGGAGGAUAGCCAACCUGAUUCCUGCUGUGCUGGCAAGGCGGAGAGACCGUAUGCAGAGCAUCGUGAUGGGGAGUAGCAUCAGUGGGCCAUCUGGCAGGACAAAGAGCUACCCGGCGCACAGUAUCAUCCCUGCAUCUGCCUUGCCUAGUAGGGAGAUUGUUGAUGGCUUGGUGCGGGCUUUCAACGAUAGGAUUCAAGUGUUUACCCCUAUUUUACACGAGACGAUGUUUGCGGAGGACCUAAAUGCGGUGUUUGCAGGUGACGCUGACCCCUACAAACACUUUGUCGUCAACAUGGUGGUAGCCAUUGGUUUGCAGAGAGUGGGCAAAUACGCCGGGCUGCCCGACAGUUACUAUCUCAACGCAAUGCGCCGAUUUGAAGAUGUCGUUCGCCCUCAGGACCUCAAGACUCUACAGUGCUUGGUUUUGAUUAGCCAGUACUCACUCAUGACGCCAACGAGGACAGCGACUUACUACGUUACUGGCUUAGCGACACGGAUCUGCCAACAGAUGGGCCUGGGCGACGAACGAACGAUAGGGGUGGGCGUCUCAGACCCACGAGCUCUCGACGUGAGAAGACGAGUGAGCUGGACAGUCACCGCGCAAGAGUUUGGUUUGGCCAAUACCAUGGGCCGCCCCAAUGGGUUCGCCAAGGCCGACGACUUCAUGAAUGUCAAAUUCUUCGAAACGGUCGUGGAUGAAGACAUCACACCAGAAGGAAUUCGCCCUGGUCGCCCUUGUGAGGGAAAGAUGGUUGCUGUUCAUUUCUGCAAGAUGAGAAUUUUACAAGCGGAAAUUCGCCGGGUACUUUACGAAAAGAAACGACCAGAACCGGCUCAUGAGACCCACCCUUGGUUUCUUCAGAUGGAACAAAGGCUCACGGACUGGCUGGAGGGGUGUCCUGAGAAACCCGCAUGGUGCAAACCUUGGCUGCAAGGAUGUUACCACGGCAUGGUCAUUUCCCUUUACCGUCCCUCGGUGCAACUACCCAAGCCGAGUACCAACGGAGCUGCGAAAUGCUUUGAAAGCUCCCGUACCAUUAUCGAUCUAACUUGUCGACAAAUCCAAGAAGGCACCGUUGACAUCACCUGGGAGUCGUUAUUAUCCGUCUACGCGGCCUUGAACGCUCUACUAUGGUCUAUCUCGUACGUAGAUGUACGCAACAACCACAGCCGAGAAGUUGUUCAAGAUAUUGUAGCCGCAGCUCUCGAGGCUAUCAAAAUCUUCUCGGAUCGCUGGCCAGGGUCAGAGUCCGCCGUUCAGUUGUACACGGUCAUAGCAAAUGCGUGCCUUCAAAGCUACGAUAUUGAAGAGGAAACCCCUUCGCCACCGUCCAGCAGCCAACUUGGAACUCCGGUGUCUCUAGCCGGCCCCUUAUCUCCCGAAUCAGAAGGCUCCAGAAACACCCCGACUCGUCAGACACAGCCGCAGUCAGCGACAUCACUGUUCAAUAACUCGUCUCCAUUCGGAUACGUGUUCGACGGAACUACGGACCCACUGACCACGCAGUUCACCUUCGAGGAUGACUCUUCACCUUUCCAACACCAACCGACGUUCCGCUCUAACUCAAUAUUUAUGAGCCCGUCCACAGACGCCAACGGCCGGCGACUAUCGAACCUUGCACCUGACUCUAGCGAUGCACAUGCGCCAGCGCGAAUGGGAACCACACCACCGCCUUUAUUAGUGAUACCGAAACAAGAGCAGUCACAGCUCAUAAACACCCCUCCGAUGAACACGAUUCCCACCCCCCCUGAGACGCUCACCGCGUUAUCAGCUCAGGCUCAGGGUGUUCAAGGUGCCCAUACUUCACCGAGGCUAGCUACCACAGCAGCGGGUCACGCCAGUCCAAUGCAGACACCUACGCCUCACCAUGUAAACCCAGUGCCGGGCCCUCACCAAACUCCGGCUCCGAUGGUCCAAGUGAAGCAAGAACCACUCGACAUGUAUCCUCCGACCUUUAAGAACCACCAGCAGCAACCACCACCACCACAACCACAUCCAAGGCAGGCAGCCCAAAGACCGCCUCCACCAACUUUCAUCAACCCCCAACAUCCCGUACCACACUCUCAGCAACAGCCACAGCACCAGGCCUCGCAACAUCCCCCACCACGGCCGCCGCCAUCUCACGGCCCAACCGACUGGUACAACCCCCUCCCACCGUUCGUCCCGCCCAACGUCUUCUCCACCGGCAACCCCUCACCCUUCUGGAACGGAAACCCGAAUCCCUUCACCGGCGAAAUCGCUCCCAACGGACACCAACCCCACGCCCCCGGGGCCCCUAACGCCAACCCCAACGCCACAAACUGGAACCUCGGUUUCGGCGCAACGCCAAACGCAAACCCUCAAGACGGCUUCGCUCCCCCAGGCGGACCCCCUAACACCACCACCAGCAACAACAACACCCUCUACCCGGGUCCCAUCCCAAGAAUGUCAGGCGACUAUUACCAUCCCCACCAUCCUCACAACCCCCAUCAUAACCCGGCCGACUCUGCCUUUUUGAGUCUGCGGCAGGGAAGUCUCAGCCAUGAACAGCAGUUGGAGCUGAUGGAUAUGCUAGAGACGGACGGGAUGAGUGAUAUUGACAGUUUCUUGAAUUUGGGUAUGGGGAUGGGUGUUGGUGUAGGUGGUGUGCCCGUGGGUGGUGUGGGUGGUGUAGGUGUGAAUGUUGGAGUACCAGGUCAAGGUCCGGGACAAGGACACGGGCAAGGUGGAGGUGUGCAGUGGGCUUAG